AUGCAAGCGCCAACGGCGAAACACUGCCUUUUGUCGAUCCUCGGCAUAACCUCACACUAUACGCUCGACCCCCGCAGCAUAUCCGGGACUUGGUCGCUGAGGUCCAACAGGCCGUUCGAGAAAUUGCCCCAAGUUAGUUCUAUCUUGCCUUUGCGGGGCACUCUCUGUAUCCCCUGUGCUGUAUCGCCUGGUUCAACUGAUCGGUUCCAUUUCACCUUUUUGCUAGGCAUAUGGUUCACACCCCCAGAACAAUUGCAUAUGACUACAUUAGAGAUCGCCAGCUGUCGACCUGAGCCGGAGGUUGAAGGAUUGGUUUCUCAUCUCCAGGGUAGUGGCGUCGUGCCGAAGCUGGUGGAUUUUCUAUUUCAUCAUCGAACACGGCUGGUUAAGCCUAUGAUCAGUUACGAUGCAACUGCCAUGGCGCUGAGUUUUGUCCCUGCUGCUGGAGAAGAGACUACAACUGCCCACAAUGUGGACGGCGAUGGAUACACUUAUCACCAUCUGCGACGUGAUGCUUCGAGUAUUGUCACAGCGACGGGAUUACAGAUGAAACCGAGGUAUAUUGCACUAUCAGCACAUAUUACGAUUGCGCGGUUCAUCACCCGGGACGGAUUUGUGAUAGACAACCCCAAUGAAGCGGAAGACGAAGCGGUGGACCAUGCGCGGGUGGCCGCACUGGUAGAGAGGGUGGAGAAGAUUAAUGAGAUGCUCCGGACGAAAUACUGGUUUCAAGGAGACGGAGCCAUCUCUGGGAAAGGGGAAUGGCUUGUCGGACAGGAGAAAGGGUUGGAAUUUUGUAAAGGAACGUCUUUCUACGGCGGAGGAAAAGCCGUUGUUGCCGGCAAAGGCUUUCAGUAA